AUGACCGACGAAACCCCCUCUCAAACCGCAAAGUCUGCUGAGGACCGCAAGGCCGCCUCGGCCCUCGAGAACCUCGACUCCGCCGACUCUCCCUCAUCCACGCCGCAAAACGUCGACGCCGAAGCUGCGAACAAAGCCAUCAAGAGCCUCGGCGCGAAGAAAGCUUCUGCCACUGCCGCAUCCAACAAGAACGUCAAAGUCGACGCUGCUGAUGUUGCUCUUCUCGUUGACGAGCUUGACCUGCCAAAGCCAAAGGCCACGGAGCUGCUCAAGAGCAAUGAGGGUGAUGCUGUCAAAGCUAUGAGGGCGUUCGUCAAGGCCUAA